AUUAAUUGAUAUGGUGGGAAUCGAUUCAAGCCACUUGUUGAGAGGCAAGAUCCUUUGCUUCUUCAGCAGUUCUCUCAUGAACAACCAGCAUAGGACUACUACUUGUUCCGAGAAUCUCUGGAAUCAAUGGAGAAACUAAUGUGGCUAGUGUUAUCGUCUUAUCGAUAAACUAAAUGCUCUACAGUCACAUGAUGUGACUCACAUCUAUUAGUAGCAGAGAAGUGGAAUGCUUCUCAACUUCAUUUAUGUGACAGGAAAUAUCUGGAAUGUGCAACAAACUUAGUUCAUUAUAUGGCUUUGAGGUCCCUGGAGAUUGAGCAGCUCAACAGCCACCUAGCUUCCCUUGGUCUGUUAAUUUUAGACAACAACAACCUGGAUGUUCUUGCCAGCCUUAACGCUUCUAUUAAUCUGCUGAUGAACUCUUCGUACAAUGAUCAAAACGCUGUGACAGAAUCUUGGACUAAAGCAUAUCCCAAGAGCAAAAUUACUAAGAAAAAUGAUAAAGGGAAGGUAUCAUCAUACAAAGAGUCAUUACUGGGUAAAGUUUGUGAAGGAAGAAGUACUCAUAUCAUGGUAACUGUUGGUGAAGAAGCAACUUUGAGUGAAACAUUUAUAACCGAUAUUGUAAAAGCUGGCACUUCCAUUAUACGUAUAAACUGUGCACAUGGAGAUCCGAGCAUAUGGGGUGAAAUCAUCAAAAGAGUUAGAAGAGCUUCUCAGAUGCUAGAGAUGCCAUGUCGAGUUCAUAUGGAUUUAGCUGGACCAAAACUGAGAACUGGUACCUUAAAACCUGGUCCCUGUGUGAUGAAAGUUUCACCAAAGAAAGAUGCUUAUGGAAAUAUUGUUUCUCCUGCUCUGGUAUGGCUCUCUCUCACAGGAACAGAACCUCCUGCUCAUUUUUCUCCUGAUGCUACUAUAUCUGUCCAGGACCAAGAUUUUCUUGCUGGUCUCCAAAUUGGUGAUUCUGUAAGACUACGUGACGCUAGAGGGAGAAAGAGGAGACUUAGAAUCUCAAAAGAGUUUCAUGUUUUCUCAAGUACAGGGUUUGUGGCUGAAUGUUUUGAUACUGCUUACAUUGAGUCGGGAACUGAGUUAUACAUCAAGGGAAAGAAAGUUGGACGAGUAGUAGAUGUUCCUCCGAAGGAAUCUUUUGUAAGGCUCAAAGUGGGAGAUUUACUAGUCAUAACCCGAGAAGGAUCGCUCGAUGAACCUUCAGUAACUGCUCCAGGAUCAUAUAGUUUAACUUGUCCUUCCGGUUAUUUGUUUGACUCAGUCAAGCCUGGUGAAACCAUUGGUUUUGAUGAUGGCAAAAUAUGGGGAGUAAUCGAAGGAACAAGCCCUUCAGAGGUAGUUGUCUCCAUCACUCAUGCUGGUCCAAAAGGUACAAAACUAGGAUCAGAGAAGUCCAUCAACAUUCCGCAGAGCGAUAUCCGUUUCAAAGGCCUUACGUCAAAAGAUAUCAAAGAUCUUGAUUAUGUAGCUUCACAUGUUGACAUGGUUGGCAUUUCUUUCAUACGCGAUGUUCAUGAUAUUACCGUUCUAAGGCAAGAACUGAAGAAAAGGAAACUAGAUGAUCUUGGUAUUGUGCUAAAGAUUGAAACGAAAAGUGGAUUCAAGAAUUUGUCAUUGAUUCUGUUAGAGGAGAAGUGUUCGAAUCCUUUGGGAGUUAUGAUAGCUCGAGGUGAUCUUGCAGUGGAAUGUGGAUGGGAGAGAUUGGCUAGUAUACAGGAGGAGAUUAUAGGUAUCUGUAAAGCUGCUCGUGUACCGGUAAUUAUGGCAACUCAGGUUCUGGAAUCACUUGUAAAAUCCGGGGUUCCAACUCGAGCUGAGAUCACAGAUGCUGCAAAUGCCAAAAGGUAAAAUAUUUUGCACCAAACAUGAUCCUCUGGUUAAGACUUACAGUUUCUUCUUUAUGUCUAAUUUUGG